CGACAGACAGACAGGGUAGGCCGGAAAGAUAUAUCACAGGACAGAGUGAGCAAACAAGACGUAAAAGGCACAGAGAAUCUCAGGAGUGCCUUCUCGACGACGUCUCCAGGCGCGAAUCCCGAAAGCACGCUUCCCCAGCAUAAAUAACUCGCUCUCCCCCAUCAUCCGCUCUCACCAUCAUGGCAACGGUCGAACAAGCACAAGCGUACCACCGCGAGCACCCUGACGGUCAUGGUCCGGCCCCUGGAGAGACUGCAGAACAACAUGCCGCUCAUGCCUACUUCCAGCCCAUACGCCACUGGGGGCUGGGCCGCAAACAAGAAGCCGUUCUCUUCUACUGCUUCACAAUCCCGUCUUGGAUCUUCUGCAUCGUAUCUGCAGCUCUGGGAAGUUAUGACAAGACUUUCUCGCACUCUUUCAUUGCCUGCGCGACUAUAUGGCUGGUGCUAUGGGCUACGGCUUGGCUGCAGACUGCGGUUCUGAUGGCGCAGAGGGCGAGUUGGGUGAGAGACGAGGCGAAUCUGAAGGAUCGAAAACAGUAUUUGUAUCUCUCUGUCAGGCUACAGAGGUUGAUGAUUGUCACCGCGAUUAUUUGUUUACCCACGUUCAUUCAAGCAUAUGUUCAGCGGGACAGCUACGACGAUCUGGCAUACUGGCUCGUGUUCUUGUUGUUCUUCAUCUUCAACACUGUGGGGUGCGUGAUGAAUGCUUACAACAAUAUCACUUGGGAGAGUGAUCGGUUGCACUAUGAGGAGGGAGAGCCACCGAUGAAGCACACGAAGUUGGCCAUUCUUGGUAUUCCUUCUUGAAGAGGUGCUUUUCAAUGUCUGGAUUUGAGCGCGACAGCAUAGCGGCACAUGCAUUAUAAUGGAGAUACACUGUACUUCUACUUCACAAUUUCGUCGGACGAUACUUCGUUAAAGAGCGGCUACCAUUUAUCUUUACGAUACGAUAUCUCGC